CCCUGAAGCAAAUCCAUAGCUCUCUCUCUCUCUCUCUCUCUCUCUUUCUCUCUGCACUGCUCUCGACCUUCCUAAAUCUUCCUUCUGAAGCAGAGAGAAGAGCAAAAGAAGCCGAUCAUCCCCCCUCUUCUUCUCUUCUACGCCUCUCACAAAAUCAUCUCUUGGAGAACUGAAGCAGGUCGCAAACAAGAGGAAGAUGAUGCAAGACCCGUGGAACAUCAAUGCUCCCACCGGAAUCCGGCCAUCGAAAUCAGCACCCUGCUCGCCUAUUAAACCAAUCGUGAGGCCAAGGCCCGACUCGUUCCACAUCACCCACAAAGUCCCCAUAGGAGACACUCCCUAUGUGAAGGCGAAACGGGUUCAGCUAGUGGAUAAGGACCCUGAGAAGGCAAUUCCAUUGUUUUGGGCUGCAAUCAAUGCCGGGGACCGGGUUGAUAGCGCACUCAAGGAUAUGGCCAUUGUAAUGAAACAGCAGAAUCGAGCGGAGGAAGCUAUUGAAGCUAUAAAGUCGCUGAGGAACCGGUGUUCGGAUCAGGCGCAGGAGUCCCUAGAGAACAUUCUUUUGGAUCUUUUCAAGAGGUGUGGGAGAUUGGAUGAUCAGAUAGCUCUCUUGAAUCACAAGUUGCAACUUAUCCAGCAAGGGCUGGCCUUCAAUGGGAGGCGCACGAAGACGGCUCGGUCUCAGGGGAGGAAAUUCCAAGUCUCUCUGGAGCAAGAAGCAACCAGACUUCUAGGGAAUCUAGGCUGGGCACUGAUGCAGAAGGAUAACUAUAUUGAAGCUGAGGGGGCCUACAGAAGAGCCCUUCUGAUUGCUUCUGAUAACAAUAAGAUGUGCAACCUGGGCAUCUGUUUGAUGAAGCAAGGGAAGAUUGCCGAGGCCAAAGAGACCCUCAAACAGGUGAGGCCAGCGGUUGUUGAUGGCCUAAGAGGAGCUGAUUCCCAUUUGAAAGCCUACGAGAGAGCUCAGGAGAUGCUCCGCGAUCUCGAGGCUAAAUUCUCAGGUCGCACUGCCAGGGAUCAAUUCGAUAAAGAAAAUAGGCUCUUCGAUGCAUUCAUCGGCUCUUCCUCGAUAUGGCAACCUCAACCUUGCAUCGACUACACGAUGCCACCACGAGAACGCUUCGGUGAUGAAAAUGUCAAUGUGAACAGAAUAAGCACCAAUGCAAAGCCUGAAUUCUUGUCGAACAUUGCGCUCAACGUCGAUGCACCACCGUUCUAUUCGUCAAAGAUGAUAAGAGACCCGAAUGGGAUCGAUCAUCCGUUCCAGGAUCCAAUUUUCGGUAACCUCAAGAGGACAAGGUCGGGCAACGCCGUGGAGAAGUCCCUCCCACCUAGAGUGCCAAUGGAGAGAACAAAGGAAGAAAGCAACACAAAGAAAUCUCUCUCUGUUGAAGGGAGAGAUGAUAACUGGCCAGAAUUGCCAGACAACAUUGAGUUCAAUGAUGCCAUUGUGGCAGCAGUUCUAGCUCCUGUUCUUGAGGAUACUGGUAAUACUGAUACUGGUAAGACUGAUGCUAAUAAUAACACAAGCCCAGCGUUGAACGAGGGGAAAAUGGGGAAGAGGCUCAGGAUUUUCCAGGAUAUCACUAAGGCAACUUCUCUAAAUGAUAGGUUUCUUUAGGAGAAGGGAAUGAAAGUCUUCAAUUAAUUGUCUUUUGCUAGUGAGUGGUGGUAGUAGAAGUAGUAGUAGGAAGGAGAUGAUCUUGUUCUCCUCGAUCCCCUCACAAUGGGAAUUGUUUAUUUAGAGCAGCAUGGAAAUAUGUUCUGCUUGCUUGUUUGAAAUGAUCAUUGUAACAAAACAGACAGCUAAUAACAAUCAAUUGUUUUAUUAUUUA